AUGGAAAACCUUCAUAAUAUAGUUAUAAAAGAAUAUGUUUCUAUAAUCUUAUUUGAAAGAAGUCCUAGAAAUAUUUGGAUUAGUAAAAGAAUUAAUUCUAAAAAAGAAUUUUAUAAUCAUUUACAAUGUCCUGGAGGACAUGUGGAAGUUUCAUAUAUUUCAGCUAAACAAGUAGCUCAAAGAGAAUUGUUGAAAAAAACAGGUAUAAAAGUAAGAUUACAAGAUUUAGAAUAUGAAAGAACAAAUCACUAUUAUAGAAUGAAUGAAUGGAGGAUAGUUCAUAUUUAUUUCUUAAGAACUAAAAGAAGACCAACCUUGACUGAGCCAGAAGAAAUGAUAAAAUGGAAGAUAAUGAAUGUACAAGAUAUUAUUAAAGAACCAGUUAUUGAUUCACUAAAGGAUACAUUUAAAGGAAGACAGAAUGAAACAAGAAUUAUUAUGAUAGAAGGAACUUGUGAAGCAGGAAAGUCUACACUUGCUCAAAUGUGUAAGAAAUAUUUUAUUAACCAAAGGAAAAGUGUGAAAGUUAUAGAUGAAACCUUUAUAACUAAAGAUUUAAGAAGAAGAAUAAUAAAUUAUAAAGAGAAUCUGAAGAAAUACAAGGAGGAAGAAAUUAAAAAUAAACCUGAUAUACUUAUCAUGAACAGGAAUUUAUUCUCAACUAUAAUAUUUAUGGAUAUGAUGGGAAGCACUGGAAUUUAUCCAAAGGAAGAACAACAAAUAACUUGUGAAAAUAAUAAAUAUUGGGAAUAUAUAAAAAGAGAUGUAGAAGUUAUCUGGUGGAACACUCCAGUUGAAGAAAGUAUAAAAAGAUUAAUAUGCAGAGGAAGAGUUAGAGAAAUUGAUAUAGACUAUUAUAGGAGUCUAGAUCAGGCCUAUAAAAAAUGUAUGUUUGAAAUCUAUCCUAAUAUGAAAAUCAUAACUAAAGAAACUCUACUGAUAGUAGAACAACUGAAAGAAUUCUUACCUAAUAUCUUGAAUAAAAAAAUUAUCAAAAUUGAAUAUUAG